UGUUGAGUAUUUUCUGUAAUAAUGAAUGUCCAACUGGUGAAAUUGCAUCAACACGAUGAAUUGAUAGACAUAGCAGUGAAGAUUYUGAAUGAUCAAUGGCCAAGAAGUAAAAUUGCAAGAUUGCAUAGCCUAUCAGACUCGAGAGAUGAUUUUCCAUGCUGUUUAUUAUUAAUUGCAAAAGACAACCAACAGAAAUCAGUGGUCAUUGGUCACAGUAAGCUGGCAAGAGUACAUGGAAAAUCGAAGUCUCUCUUUAUCGAAAAUGUUGUCAUUGAUAAGGGAAAGAGAGGUCUUGGUUUUGGUAGAAAGUUGAUGGAACUCUCUGAAGAUUAUGCUCACAAGCAAGGUUUUGAAGAUAUUUACCUCAGCACUCAYGACAAAUGCAAGUUUUAUGAGCAUCUUGGUUAUUGCUAUACAUGUGCAGUGUCUCCUGUAAGAGCCAAUGCAAAGCUACUUACGCCUGACCAGUUUUCAGCUCUUCAACAUCAUUUUGGAGGGAAGACAGAUGGAAUAUCUAAACAAAGCCUWCAAAAUGAUGACUUUGCACAAAAAGAUGGAGAAGAUAUACACUUACAAACAAUAGCUAUCGCUGAAUCAAACCAUUACACAGAUACAGUGAUACAACAAAUGAUAGGUACUCUUCCAGCAGCAAAUAUUGAGGAAACAGUCCAUACRAAACUAAUUCCUCCUGCACCUCCUCCUGUACCUCCUCCUCCACAACCAAGAUUUGAAAAGGAUCAAUCAAACAUGAGACAAGAAAUUCAAUAUUGGAUGAUGAAGCAACUUUGAUGAUUUUUAUGCCUCCUCACCCCACUUGCAYCUGUAUGAGUUUUCUGUAUAGUAUUUUCUUUUAAAGAAUAAAGAAUAUAACUAAAAUAACAAGUCAAAAAUCAA